AUGACCAACCUAACCACGGUCUCCAUGUUCAUCCUCUGCGGCUUCGCGGUCAGCCCUGAGUUGCAGCUCCUCAGCGUGGCAGCCUUCCUUCUCGUUUACAUCACUGCAGUUUGGGGGAACGUCUCCAUCAUAGCCGCGGUGACACUGGACACCCGUCUGCACACACCCAUGUACUUCUUCCUCAAACACCUCUCGCUGGUGGACAUCUGCUCCACGUCCACCACCCUGCCCCGGGCCCUGAUGGCCACCAUGGUGGGCUCUGGGGAGAUCUCGCUCCCUGCGUGUGCAUCCCAGCUCUUCGCCUUUGUCUGCUUCGGGUCCACGGAGUGCUUCCUCAUCACCUCCAUGGCUUACGAUCGCUCUCUGGCCAUCUACAGGCCCCUGGAGUACCGGGCAGCCAUGAGGCCCCAGACCUGUGUCCUCCUGGUGGCCAUGGCCUGGGGCAGUGGGCUCCUCUUCUUCGCCUUCCACACAGCCAACACCUUCUCCCUGCCCUUCUGCGGCCCCAAUGUGGUUGACCAUUUCUUCUGCGACAUCCCCCCACUCAUGCGCCUGGCCUGUGCCAACACUGACACACACGAGGCCAGCGGAUUUGCAGCCAGCAGCUGCACCAUCAUGAGCUGCUUUGCCCUCACUGUCCUCUCCUACGUCCGCAUCUUGGCCACGGUGGUUCGGAUCCGCUCGGCAGCCGGCCGCAGGAAGGCCUUCUCCACCUGCUCUUCUCACCUGGCCACUGUGCUCCUCUUUUAUGGCACUGGUAGCUCCGCCUACAUGCAGCCCACUGCCCGCUACUCCCCGCUGCAAGGGCGCCUGGCUGCUGUCUUCUACUCCAUCCUCACACCCACCCUGAAUCCGCUCAUCUACAGCCUGAGGAACAAGGACAUGAAAGGAGCUCUGCAGAAGCUCUACCUUCAGGUGCCAUCAUAG